AUGCAGGCAAUCGACAGGAUGACAGCCAACUCAAAGGCAAAUUCUUCUCCCCUCUUGGACAUGAUGGGUGCGCUGCAAACCAUGCUCGCAAGUUCUGAAGUGACCAUUCCAGACCUUGAAACCCCAUGUUCCAGAUUCCCGAAUACCGAUCAGUCUGCCACACACACAGACCAGAGUGUCUGCGCCAUCAUCACUGAACGCCAGCAGCAGCUGGAUAUAGUUUUGCGGGAGAUCUCAGGCCUGAAAACCAUGAUGGAUAGUAUCAAAAAUCUUGAGCAGCAACUGGUCGUAAAGAAGGACAGGAUUACGGAGUCGAUGAAUCUACACAAGGGACUCCUAUCGGGUCUCUGGCGCUUGCCAACUGAAAUCCUGUCGCAGAUUUUCCACCAAUGUCUCCCAAAAUCUACCCCAUUAUCGAAGCCACGCGCUCUCCUGCUGUUGACUAGAGUGUGUCGACGAUGGAGGGAGGUUGUUAUCUGCAUACCCAGUUUAUGGUGCAGGUUGUAUAUGGAAGUGUCCUGGCGAAACCGGUGGGAGCGGGAGGGCCCCAUCUAUGAUUCAUGGCUCAAGCGGUCACAAGGACGUCCGGUCUCGUUAGCUGUCUUCUGCCAAAAAGAUGAUGCCGCCAAAAUACAAAGUCUUAUUCAUCCCUACAUCAGUCAAAUCACAUCUCUCUUUAUCAAAUUUUACGGUGACGCAGACCUACUUUUAUUGGACGACCUCCCAGCACUUCAGGAGUUCGCCAUACAAAUGGUCCCGGACGAGGAUGACUCGAAUGGUUGCAUUCCAGCCAUUGAACAAUCUUUCUGGCGACUACCGUCCACUUUGCGCAGUCUCAAGGUCGUUGAUGAGGAGCUCCACCAAGUGCCCUUAUCUUCUCUCGGUCCCGUGGGGGCACACCUGACAAAUCUCGAUAUCAGCACACUACGGCGCCCGAGUGCAGUCCUUCACUUGCUCCAGCUGUGUCCCAACCUCUCAUCGUUAAAGAUCAGUUUAUUUACUGAAAAUGGGGAAACCUUAGAGCCAUUCAUGCACACCAAAAUUCAAACCUUUCGCAUCGAGCACUACUGUCAUAUCAUACAACCUUUUUCUGACCUGUUCAAUGCCCUGUCGCUCCCCAGUUUGCGGAUACUUGAAGUUCAUUACGUUUACGGUGAACGAUGCCCUCAUGCGGUGUUGAAGGCAUUUUUGGCACGGUCAAAGUGUCCCCUGGAGAGCCUGGUGUUUUCCCGUGGGAAUGUGGUAACAGAUGUGGAGCGAGCGGAAUAUAGUACCCUUAUACCUUCCCUCAACAUCCUACUAGAAGCGAAUGUACCAGGUGAUGGUUUCUUUCAUUGA